AUGUACCAGCGCCUGUGCUCUGCCGGGCUAAGGCCCCCGGCUCGGGCCGCUGAGGACAGGAGCAGGAGAGCCGGGCCGGGCAGCAGCAGCUUCCCUCCCGCUGAGGAGCCACGGCGGGGCGGGUCUGAAGGAGGAAUGGCUCCGGCCUUACUCGGCGCUGCCGGAGCGGAGCCGAACCACCUUCCUCCCGCCGGGGAAAACCACCUUAACGCGGAGGCAGGAAGCUGCCGGGCCGCCAGGCACCAAUCAGGCCGGCCUGGGGAGGGACGCGGCGGCGGCAGCCGGGGAACGCUGCCGGCGGGGAGGCGAGGCCAAGCCGGCCCGGCGGUACGAGAUGGCGGAGGGCGGCCCCCCGGGCGGCGGGGAUCCGCCCGCUGUCUCAGGCGGGCAGGCAGCGCAGGUCGUAACCUGAAGGAAUGGCUGCGGGAGCAGUUUUGCGACCACCCCAUCGAGCACUGCGAGGACACCCGGCUGCACGACGCGGCCUAUGUGGGGGACCUGCCCACCCUCAAAAGCUUGCUGCAAGAUGAGAGCUUCCAAAGCCGGAUCAACGAGAAGUCAGUGUGGUGCUGCGGCUGGCUGCCCUGCACGCCACUGCGCAUCGCCGCCACCGCCGGCCACGGCCCCUGCGUCGACUUCCUCCUCCGCAAAGGGGCUGAGAUCGACCUGGUGGAUGUGAAAGGGCAGACUGCCCUCUAUGUGGCCGUGGUCAACGGGCACCUUGAGUGUGCCAAGAUUCUCCUGGAAGCUGGUGCUGACCCCAACGGCAGCCGGCACCACCGCAGCACUCCUGUCUACCACGCGGCACGUGUGGGCCGGGCAGACAUCCUCCAGGAGCUGAUCAGGUACGGUGCAGACGUGGACGUGAAUCACCACCUUCCUUCUCGGGUUCCCAGCCACUCCCUGCGGCCCCUCACCACGCUGGUGGUCUGCCCUCUGUACAUCAGCGCUGCCUACCACAACCUCCAGUGCUUCCGGCUGCUGCUCCAGGCUGGAGCCAACCCGGAUUUUAACUGCUGUGGGCCCAUCAACAUCCAAGGCUUCUCUCGAGGCUCCCCAGUGUGUGUGAUGGAUGCUGUCCUGCGGCAUGGCUGUGAAGCAGCGUUUGUCCAUCUCUUGAUUGACUUUGGAGCCAAUCUCAACCUGGUGAAAAUGGAAGCCUUGGGAGCUGAAUCCACGGGAAGGGUCAAAGUCAACCCUGAGGCUCUGCAGGUGUUCAAAGAAGCAAGAGGCUGCACCCGGAGCCUCUUGUCUCUCUGCCGCAUAGCUGUGCGAAGAAUACUUGGCAAAUCUCGUCUGGAUCUGAUCCAUGUUCUUCCAAUCCCAGAUCCCAUUAAACAGUUUUUACUUCAUGAACACAGUUAAAGGGCAACUGGCUGCUUUCUGGACAGUUUGAUUUGGUAAAUGAGUGCACUGAUAAAGCCAGGUGCCAAUCCUAACCCUUCAUCCCCAGUGAAAUAACUGUAUUGCUCAUGGAGCGCACGUAAUUCCCUGCUCCUGUGAUUUUUCCCUCCAAAUUUAGGGUGCAGUGAUUUUUUUGGUG